AUGGUGGACGACGCGGAGGAUGUGAAGGCGGCGCAGCUGCUAUUCCGCUCCAUCUACGCGGGUGUCAGGGCCCUUGAGGGCACCAGCCAGGCGUUGGUGCUGUCAGUGCUGCGGCUCGCCGACCGUUUCCAAGUCAAUCAGACCGCCGUGGCAGCUGGGCGGCUCCUGCAGGGAAUCCCGACAGACCAGAUUGAGUGGUCGACGGUUGAGGCUCUCUUCUCGCUGCCGGAGGCGUGCCUGGAGGCGCCUGCUUUUCGCGCGGCGCUGCAAGCAGCCAGGAACAAGCUGCAGCAACAGCUGGGUGACCUUGAUGCGGCGAUGGGCAACGCCGUAAAGCGGCAGCAGCUGCUGUCGCUGCCGCUGACGGCGCUGUGCGCGCUGCUUCGGGAUGACCGCACGCGCGCGUCUUGCGAAGAUACGGCGCUUGCGGUGGCGACAUUUUGGUGCCACAAGCGGUGGGGGGCUAAGGAUCGCGGAGAGGACGGCGCCGCGUUGGGCGAGGAGGGCGAGCGAGAGCUGCAGCACUCAGCGGCGCGGCUCGCCGGCGUCGUGCGGCUGGGGCGGCUGCACCCCGUAGUGCUCCUGACAGUGGCGGCCCGCUCGGCGUGGGUGCAGGCCGCGCUCGCCAGGGAGCAGCUGCUCGAGCUGACCGCUUUUGCAGCCGGCAGCAGAGCUUACAAAGAGGCUCGGCUUCACAAUGGUGGCGGCUUGGUUGAAAUCGAGCCCCAGUGGUUCUACCCCAGCCGGCCGCUCACAGCGGCUUUGGAGGCUCAAUCUGUGAUCGAGGUUUCGGUGGAGCAGCUGAAAGCGGCGACAGAGGCGGUGCUGGCGGUGGCGCGCGACGGAGGCGGCGAGGGGGUCGGAGUCCAGAAGCUGGUGGAGGGGCCGGCGCGGUUCUUCCGCGGCUUCAAGUGGCGCGGGUGCAUCACAAUCGUGCCAGGGGAAGGGCAGCACACCGUGGAGUACAGCGUCGGUCUCGAGCUUGUCGACGAGGGCCGCUUUGACGUGUGCGCAGACCAGCUCAUUGUAUGCAAAGCGACGUUUCUGGCCCUCCAGCGGCCAACUAUCGCCGUGCAGCGCGCUGCACGGCGCUUUGAAAGCAUAUCAGCCAUACACGGAUGCGCGCACCGCAUCGGCCAUGUGUGCCAUUGGGGCGACUUUUGGGGCCUGGGGCCACAGGCGGGGUGGGACCCGGCCGCCUGGCAGGCCAAGGGGCUGCUGCUGGAUGGAGGCAAGGUGAAGGUGCGCCUGACACUGACGUGA